AUGACAAUAAAACAAUACAAUCAGGACAAUAUAUCGGUGAGCGUUGUUGGUGUGAAUGAAGAGGGUUCUAGCAAAAAUCUUGAUCAGCUACACCCUUCUGUUAUGUACUCACAGAUAUUCAAGGGAAUAUUCCUUGAAAUAGAACAUGGUGAAAAGGCUGCACAAGACUACGUCAAGUAUUGCCAACAAGAAUACCAAGGCAAUACGAAACAACUCAAAAUUAUAGAUGAAUUUCAACGAAAUUAUCAAGCAUCAAGUGCGAUUUGGUGGUAUACAGGACAUAACUUUACGUAUAACUUGCUGAAUGGCGCAUUAAGAACACUCAAUGGUGCUGUGUUGAUUCAAAUGGGCUUUUUCUUAUCUGAUUUACAUCAACAAAUCGAAAAAUUGUAUAAACAGCAAGUCAGUCAAUAUCAUGAAAAUUUUUUUACAGUCUUUCGAGGGCAAGGUCUAUCGGAAGCUGAUUUUGAAAAGCUCGCAAAUAACAAAGAUGGGUUUAUUUCUUUCAAUAACUUUUUAUCCACCAGUACAAAUCGCGAUAUUUCUCGGUGUUUUGCCGAAAGUAACUUAGGACCACCCAAUGUGGUCAGUAUUCUUUUUAAAAUAAUUAUCGAUCCCAAGGUCUCAACCACUCCAUUCGCCUGCAUUCGAGAAAAAAGUUGUUUCGAAGGAGAAGAGGAAAUUCUCUUCUCCAUACAUACUGUUUUUCGAAUCGGUGACACUCGGAAAAUCGACAAUAACAUUUCGAUUUUUGAAGUAGAUUUGAAACUUACGUCAGAUGAUGACCCAGAACUUCGUCAAUUAACUGACUACAUAAGAAAAGAGGUCGACGGCACAGGAUGGUAUCGAAUGGGUAAGCUACUGCGCAAAAUAGGUCAAUUCGGGAAGGCUGAAUAUUUAUAUCUCGCCUUACUCGAACAGACAUCUAACGACAUCGACAGAGUACUUAUCUAUAAAGAGCUCGGAUGGUUGAAAGACGAUCAAGGACAAUACACAGAAGCACUUCAGUUUUACGACGAAUCUCUGAAAAUCUGCCAAGCAACUCUCCCAGAAGAUGGUCCUCAGUUAGCUGCUAUAUACAGCAAUACCGGUAGAGCAUAUACCAAUAUGGGUGACUACUCGAAAGCACUUGAAUUCUACGAAAGAUCACAUGAAAUAUACGAAACAUCUCUGCCUCUGAAUGGUCACGAUUUGGCUAAUACUAUCAGCAGGAUCGGUGAAGUGUAUGACAACAUGGGUGAGUACUCAAAAGCACUUGAAUUUUACGAAAAAUCACAUAAAAUAUGCGAAACUGUUUUGCCUUUGAAUCAUCCCCAUUUUGCUCUUAUUUUCAGCAAGAUCGGUCAAGUAUAUAACAAAUUGGGUGUCUCCUCCAAAGCGCUUGAAUUCUUUGAAAAAGGUCUAGAAAUCACAAAAAGAGCUCUGCCUCCAAAUCAUCCCUUAUUGGCUGCUUCCUACAACAACAUCGGUACAGCGUAUUACAACAUGAAUGACUACUCAAAAGCACUCUCAUUUCUAGAGAUAGCGUUUGCUAUCCAACAAAAAUCACUUCCGUCAAACCAUCCUCUAACUAAAACAACGAACGAUAACAUAGACUACAUGAAGAAGAAAAUGUAA